AUGAUGAGAGAGAGUGUCAGGAAAGAAGAAAGAGAAAAAGGAAUAGGCCAGUCUUCCUCCGGCGGGAGUUGGACUGUAUUCGUUGACAACCUGAGUAAGAGAGUCACUAAGAGUGAGCUAAGAAACAUAUUUAUCGAUCAGGGUCAGGUGGUGAGAAUUUUCAUACCAAAUGUGGUGAACAGGCCAAAGUAUAAAUCUUUCACUUUUGCCUUCGUUCAAUUUGGUAAUGAAACAGAGAUGAGGAAUGCAGUUGAAAAUAUUAACGGGUUGUGGAUAGAUGGGAGGAAAAUUUAUGUUGGAGUUGCAAAGUAUCAGAGUGUUCGACCAAGGGUUGCUGGUUCUUCUCGUCUUUCAGUUGGUGUCCAGGAAAAGGUUAUAUUUGAUAAAGCUAAUCCAAGUUCGAAGGCUGCGUUUCCGAGCAGAUUAAGAGAUGAUAGAUCAUACAAAGAUGUCUUGGUGUCGUGCAGUUCGCAAAAGACUGAGUCGGAGCAUAUAGGAAAAAGUUACGAAAGUCUAGACAGGGGAAGGGAUGAAGAAGAAGAAUAUUUGGGAAAUGCAUAUUCCUACUGA